AUGGAUGACGCUUUCGAUCCGGUUUUCCCCCCUUUGGUCUUGCGCUCCUUUAUUGCUACGCUCGUUGUUGUCUUCGUUAUACUGUUAUUCGGCCCUCCGUUACUAGGGCCUGUUUCCUCAUCGUCCUAUAGUAUAGGGCCGCUACCCCCGGAGCUACCUCCACUCGAGUCUGUUGACUCCUAUGGUAUUCCCCACGAACUGGUGGAGGAGACCUCGAGAUGGCUUAGUGGCAUUUUCACGCUAAAUCUUAGCUCCACGCAGCAUGUGCGCCCUCGCAGUUAG